AUGGCGCCUCUCAGCUGUCGAGGCCUGCUCGUCGGGCUCGUGGCUCUACUGCCCUCUCUGACGGCGGCCUACGCCAACUCCAGCUACAAUGUCGAUGCUCUGCGAGCCCAGUUCGCGCUUAUGGAUGACCGCCCCAAGGAUUGUCCGCCAUGCUUCAACUGUCUCCUACCUGCCCAUACCUGCGCGCAGUACGCCGGCUGCAACGAGUUCAACGGAAAAUGCGACUGUCCCGAUGGGUUCGGCGGUGACGACUGUCUCGAGCCAUUGUGUGGCUCUCUGGGGCGCGGCAAAGACCGACCGAUGCGAUCGGGCUCGUCUUGCGAAUGCGACGAAGGCUGGACUGGCAUCAACUGCAAUGUCUGCACAUCGAACCAAGCUUGUAAUGCCCUGAUGGAGACUGGCAGCGGAGGUAUCUGCUACCAGAAUGGUGAACUCGUUAAAUACAACAACCAGGUCUGCAAAGUCACGAACAAGAAGAUUGCCGACUUGCUUGGAAAGCAAAAGCCUGAAGUUACAUUUACCUGCAAAGAAGAGGAGGAAACUUGCGACUUCCAAUUCUGGAUCGAUCAAGUUGAAUCUUUCUAUUGCCACUUGUCAGAUUGUGCGUCUGGUGCACAGUACGGCACCGAUAAGAAUACCACAUCAUACAAGUGCGACCACAUUAGCUGCAGUUGUAUCCCUGGUCGUAUGAUGUGCGGCAAGGAUGGCUCGCUCGACCUUACCGAUUUCCUGGACCAAGCAAUUAAUGGCCCUGGCCGAUUCGAGUGUACUCAAAAGGGCGGCGGUGCUCAUGACUGUGCUUUCAGGGAACCCGCAAUGGACGAUCUCAUCACCAGCUUAAUCGGCGACUCUAGUAUUCUUCUAGACUGCCAAGCGGGCGAGUGCUUGUACGAGACUGAAGUGCCGGGCUAUCACCGUCCGGUUAAGCAAAUCAAUACGCCCCUCAUUGCCGGUGUUAUUGGAGGAUCUUCGCUCUUUUUGGCAGCUGUCAUCAUCGGAACGUGGUAUUUGUCUCGCCGCAGGCUGCGUUAUGGAGCAAUUCGCCUGGAGGAUUCCGACGAUGAGAGCACCAAGCUCAUGGUGGAUCAUAAGCCUGCCACUCUCUUCUUCCAAAACGUUGCCUAUACUCUCAAUGGAAAGAAUAUCUUGACUGGAAUACAAGGAGUUUGCCAGCCAGGGGAGGUGACUGCCAUCAUGGGAGCUUCUGGCGCGGGAAAGACAACGUUUUUGGAUAUCUUGGCUCGAAAGAAUAAGCGUGGCCAUGUCAGCGGAGACUUUUUUGUCAAUGGUGAAAAGGUCAAUGAUAUUGAUUAUAGAAAUGUGGUUGGAUUCGUCGAUCAGGAGGACACCAUGCUACCCACGCUUACCGUCCAUGAGACGAUCCUCAACAGCGCUCUGCUGAGACUUCCUCGGGACAUGGGUCGUGCUGCCAAGGAGCAGAGAGUUAUUGAGGUUGAAAAAGAGCUAGGAAUCUACCACAUUAGAGACUCUCUCAUUGGUUCUGAAGAAGGCAAGGGCCGUGGAAUUUCUGGUGGUGAGAAACGACGCGUGGGGAUUGCCUGCGAGCUGGUCACCAGCCCCUCUAUCCUCUUCCUCGAUGAGCCGACGAGUGGAUUGGAUGCUUAUAAUGCGUACAAUGUCGUUGAAUGCCUUGUUACCAUGGCCAAAAACUACAAGCGAACCGUUAUUUUCACCAUCCACCAACCUCGCUCCAACAUCGUUGCGCUUUUUGACAGGCUCAUCUUGCUGGCUCAAGGCAAAUUGGUUUACUCUGGACUUUUUUCCGAAUGCCAGCAAUACUUCGAUGAUAUUGGCUAUGAAUGUCCCCCGGGCUUCAACAUUGCCGACUACCUUGUGGAUCUUACUAUGCAUGCGAGCAGCAACCAGACGGUAGAUGACGGACGAAUUGAUGCCGACGGUGGAAGUGUUGGCCCAAGCAGUACGCAGGCUGUCAAAUCCAUUGCAAGCACCACCAUUGGAAGCGCUGGCGAGGCUAGUACCGAGCCAUCCUUACGUCCCAAGAAUCGACGCCGCGACUCUGUCAAGGUACGACAGGAACGAGAGCUCUUUACGCGUAGAAAAGCCCCUGGCACUGCCGCGUCUUCAGAUGCCGGAGGAGAGAACCAAGAUGGCUACCGGCUCCAGAGCAACCCCAUAAAUUCUCAGCCCAGCCACCAGCUCGAUGAUCCUCAUGACUUACCCCCUCCGGCUAUGACAGGAACCGAUCUCGACAUCAUCACUCGAUCUUUUGCCAAGUCUCAUAUUGCUGCCUCUAUCCGCGAUGACAUCCAGCAAGCAAUCAGUGGAGCCGAAGCGGCAAAUGGGUCAAAUACGAACGGUUAUGCUGCAGACGGACCAAACAUCUACACUAGCGCUGUUGGAAAAGGAUACGCUCGGAUUGGAUACCUGCGCCAGUUUAUCAUCAUCUCUGGAAGAACUUGGAAGAAUCUUUACCGCAACCCAAUGCUUAUGCUCACACACUACGCAAUUGCGAUCAUUUUGGCGGUUUUCUCCGGAUAUCUGUUCUAUGGCCUCACUGAUGAUAUUCCUGGCUUCCAAAACCGUCUUGGGUUAUUCUUCUUUCUGCUGGCUCUCUUCGGCUUCAGUACUCUUACGAGUCUCAAUGUAUUUGCCAGCGAGCGACUCCUUUUCACCCGAGAGCGAGCCAACGGCUAUUAUUCUCCGGCCACUUAUUUUGCCGCCAAGGUCCUGUUCGACAUUAUUCCCCUGAGAAUCAUUCCGCCGAUUCUCAUGGGUUCCAUCAUCUACCCAAUGACAGGCUUGGUGCCAGAUUCGGCACAUUUCUUCAAGUUCAUGCUUGUUUUGGUCCUAUUCAAUCUGGCAGCAGCAGCCAUCUGUCUGUUUAUCGGCAUUGUUUGCAAGGACGGUGGUGUAGCCAAUUUGAUUGGUAGUUUGGUGAUGCUGUUCAGUCUCCUCUUCGCCGGCUUCCUUCUCAAUCACGAUGCCACGCCAAAGGGUGCUCUGUGGCUUCAGACCCUCUCUAUUUUCCACUAUGGCUUUGAAUCGCUUAUUGUCAACGAAGUCAUAGAGCUUACACUGGUAGACAAAAAGUACGGCCUUGAUAUUACUGUCCCUGGUGCCGCUAUUCUCAGCUCCUUUGGAUUCCAAAACGGCGCCCUUUGGUCCGAUAUUAGAAACCUUGGUAUCUUUGCCGCCUCCUUCGUCGUUCUCGCCUAUGCCGCGAUGCACAUCUUGCUUGUCGAGAAGCGAUAA